UCGUUUCAGGCGUCGAUUCACUGUCAAAGAAUACUCAUUAGAGAGUCAUGUAAGGUAAUCAACAUUUUUGCAAGUGGACAGAAAUCUAGAGGAGACUUUGAAUUUAAAGUUUUGGUUGGCCAACAUGUCUGUCGACCACUUUUUCAAAGUGAAUGAUGAGGAAUUAGGAUCUGCAGUUGUCAAUCUUAAAAAGUGCAUAACUUCAGAGGAAAAGAUCACAGAGGGCUGAGCGACGUCUCAUUCUAUAUAGGGCACUUAACUGUAUAUUGUGGCAUAUCUAACUCAAAAAUCGAAAGUCUUAGUUGAAAAGAGGGCGAGAAGUACUCUUAAACAAAUUCAGUUUUUCAAUCACAAUCAAUGGAUGGUAAAGAUAAUUUUGUUCUACUAGUAUAAAAUCUUACAAGAUCUUAUAAAAUCUUGUGGAAAAUCAUAGAAACGGAUUUAUCUUAUAAAAUCACACAAGACUCUUACGAAAUCUGAUGAUAUCUCACUAUAAGACCUUACAUCAAGAAUCAGUUUCUAUGUUUCUUACAGAAUCUUACAAAUUCUUAUAAGAAUCUUACGAAAUCAGAUGAAAUCGUACAAGAAUCUUAACAGAUCUUACAGUAAGAUUCUUUGACCUGGGAACGGACAUCUUGUUUUAAUGUGUGCACGCGCAUGUUUGUUUCUGUUCUGUCGCUACGCACAAACGCUUCGUGUGCUGUGCUUCUAAUCUACGACUGAGUUUAUAACAGCAUUAUUUUCUAUCUUUUUCAACCUUGCGUGACGCUCUCUAUGUAGCACAAUCAUUCUUAGCCUUUCGGGUUUUAUGAAACAGAAAUAACAAAAUGAGAACGUGGAUGUAUAAUUACAUGCAAAAAAUUUAUUAAUUAAAAAUGAUGUGUUUUCACUGGUGAAAAAUUAAUUAUUUAGGAGUAAAGUUUUAGAAGAUCACUUUUUAACCAUAUUUGAAUGUGAUAUGGCGUCUCAGUCUAAUAACUAUGCUGAUUUAGUUGGGCAAUAUAAACGUGAUGGUUUUGUUAUUAUAAGAAAUGUCUUAGAUACCAAUUUAAUUCAUGAAUGUCAACAGCAUAUUGAACAUUUACAACGAAAAUAUCCGGAUGUACCGAGUGAACACUAUCAUCAUAUUAUAAUGAGAAAUGAUCCAUUUUGGAUACGUUUAGUUUCUGAUGAACGAUUGUUGAAUCUGGCAACAGUAUUUGGUUCACCAUUUAUACAAGAAAAAGAAGGAGUUGCUAUAUUUUCAUCGCAUUAUUUUUGUAAACCGCCAAAGACAGGGAUGGCUGUACUAUGGCAUCAGGAUGGUUCAUACUGGCCACUGAGACCAAUGAACGUAUUAACAAUGUGGUUGGCUAUUGAUGAUAGUGAUACAGAAAAUGGUUGUCUGAGGGUUAUAAGAGGUAGCCACACGAAUGAAUUAGCACAAUUAAAAGAUGAUGUAUCGGUCGUCAAUGUAUUAGGCAGUUACACACAUAGAGAUGAAGAUAUUGAUCAAAGUAAAAUUGUGGAUGUUGUUCUAAAGCCCGGAGAUAUUAGUAUUCAUCAUCCUAACAUUAUUCAUGGUUCUGAAGCAAAUACAAGUAACAGGAGAAGAUGUGGGCUAACAAUAAGAUAUAUUUCUCCAACAACCCAAUGUUUAGACCCAAAACAGCCUGUAAUGAUGAUGCGGGGUUCACCUAUAGAUGGUAUUAAUAAAUAUCGUAGUUGGCCAAAGUAUCGUUCAGGUUAUGAUUUGCCAUUUGAUGGAUGCGAAACGUGGAAUGAGAGAAGAAAGAUUGUUGAUGAAGAUGAAGAAUAUUUUCAAAGAACUGAUUACGAUGUAAUGGAAAAUGAAAUUAAAACUGAUUUAUUUGAAUUUAUUUCCAGAUUAGGUGGAAAGAAAGCUGCGAAUUGA